UUUCAUAAUAACAAACAACUAAACUCUCUUUUUAAGGUUCUCUCAAAAUCUCUAAAUUUAUUUCCACCUUCUCUUUGCCAGCGAACAUCCAUUGGAGCUCCUCACUGUACGCCUCAGGGAGGGAGAGAGGAGCAUCCGGGAGAGAGAGAGAUAGAGAUAUAAAUUUUGAUAAUUUGUCUUCUAAUUCUGUGUUCUAAGGUUUUUUGACUUUUUUUUGAAACCCAGAAAAAAUUUACCAACUGUUUCAAAUUUUCAAACCUUUUCUACUCUCUCUCUCCUCUUUCUUGAAACGGGAAAGAGGGAGGGAAGAAGAAGAAGAAGAAGAAGAUUCUAGAAAGAUCAAUGGAAAGCUCAGGCUCAGGCUCAGGGACUUGGCAAGGAUUGAUCCUUGUGGGUAUUGUUACAUGGAUCUGUGUUUCUUCCUAUCUGAAUUUUACCCAUAAAAUUAGAUCUCUCAUACAACCAUGGGUCGGUCGUCAAGUCCUUGGUGGUGUUCCUCUCAUUCUCAGAAUCCAGAAAUGUCAGAAUGGAGUGUUGGAUGCUUUCUUCUCAGCGCUAUCGUGUGUUGUCUCUGUCCCUUUUUACACUGCUUUCUUGCCUUUGCUUUUCUGGAGUGGCCAUGGUAGAUUGGCUAGGCAAAUGACUCUGUUGAUAGCUUUUUGUGAUUACUUGGGAAACUGCAUUAAGGAUGUGAUAUCAGCUCCUAGGCCAAGCUGCCCACCUGUUAGAAGGAUUACUGCCACCAAAGAUGAGGAAGACAAUGCCAUGGAAUAUGGCUUGCCUUCUUCUCAUACUCUUAACACUGUUUGUUUGUCCGGAUAUCUACUUCACUAUGUGUCAUCAUCUGUCGGAUACGAAAAUGUGUCUAUCCAAUACUAUGGAUUUGCCCUUGCUUGUUUGUUGGUAGCCCUAAUCGCCUUCGGAAGGAUUUACUUGGGUAUGCACAGUGUGGUCGAUAUCGUUGGUGGUCUUGCCAUAGGAGUCUUGAUUCUAGGUCUAUGGCUAACCAUCAACGAACAAAUGGAUGAUUUUAUUACCUCAAAACAGAACGUUAGCUCCUUCUGGACUGCUCUGAGUUUCUUAUUACUCUUCGCUUAUCCAACUCCCGAGCACCCAACUCCAAGCUACGAAUAUCACACCGCCUUCAACGGAGUUACACUAGGAAUCGUGACUGGAGUCCAACAAACGUACAGCCAAUUUCACCAUGAAGCAGUCCCACAAGUCUUCUCACCGGAGCUCCCGCUAGCAGCCUACAUUGGGAGAGUUAUGGUAGGAAUACCGACAAUACUCUUAGUUAAAUUCUGCAGUAAAUCCCUUGCAAAAUGGAUCUUACCAACAGUAUCCAGUGCACUUGGGAUUCCAAUAAGAUCCAGCACAUACAUUCCUAAGCUCAAGCUCGACAACGUGCAUGCAAAUGGGAAGAAGACAGACGAAAGCAAGUACUCGGUUGGGUAUUUGCAGAGACUAUGUGAGUUCUUGUGCCAGGACUCGUUUGAUAUUGACACUGGAAUAAGGUUCUUCCAAUACGCAGGCCUUGCCUGGUCCGUUGUUGAUCUUGUUCCCUCCAUAUUCUCUUAUAUUAACUUGUAGUAACAGCUCCAUUGUGUUUUAUAAAAUCAAUGCUUUAACAUUGUUCAUAACUUGGCGAUACAAAAAGUCUCCAUAGUUGUGGGCCUUGUGGCUUUGAAGAACUU